GGGUCGUGUGUGGUGGACUGUGACUAUCCUACUGAAAACAUUAUUAGAGAUGUGAUAUCUCAAGUUUUUGUGACUGUUCUGGUUACUUGUCUCCUCGGGAGUGGGUCGUGUGUGGUGGACUGUGACUAUCCUACUGAAAACAUUAUUAGAGAUGUGAUAUCUCAAGUUUUUGUGACUGGAGAGGGUGCCGUCACCCCUACCAUCACCUUGGACAGACACCGUAUUGUGUGCCUGGCCUACAGUCGGCAAAGAGAUCGCUAUAGAGCUUUCUCUGUUAUCGUUGAGUACACUUGUGAGGUAAAUGCGGGAUGUCCCGAGGGUAUGGUAGUAGAGCAGUUUGAAGCCGAGUGUAACGGAAAUACUUGGGGCACUCGAGUUCUUGGUGUCGCGGUAAUUCCUCGGACAUCUCCUGCCACUGGUGAUUUCUCAAAUGAUCUCAGAGAAGACUGUUCUUUCUGUGCGUCUCAACAAACCGCUAGUGCCGCUGGAGGCGCUCCUGAUCCGGCCAGCGACGGGUCGCAUUGCAUUGAAUGUAACGCUCUAUGCAGUGGUGAAGAAGCUGGAGCUAGAAGAUGCUUUGGCUUUGGUUCUGACUCCUGCUGUCAGGUUUAUCUACCUAAUGGCACAUGUGGCAAGGCCUGUCCGGAAGAUGGUGUUUAUUCCAUCAGCAGUGACUUUAACUGCUUGAGAGACUGUCCUGAUAGCCUUGGCACAGUUGGGAAUGGAAGAGUUGAGUAUUCUCAGAAUGCUACAGGAGAAGGCUACUUACCAGGAACUACAGCUACUGUUGCAUGCAAUGAUACGUAUGAGACAGAUGGGUAUGGCGCUAUCUGCAGCAACGCUGGCACAUGGAACUCCACCCUACCAAACUGCAUCGUGAUUGAGUGUGGUGAAGUCCCAACUUUAGUGAACGGGAAAGUUUCAGGAGUACCAGCCACCACGGAGGUUGAAGCAGUAGCCACAUAUGAGUGUGACACUGACUACAUAUUCAAAGACGAAAGGAACACUAGGACUUGCCAAAAUGAUAAGACCUGGUCAAACGAAGAUCUUGAAUGCGUCAAAGAUGUUGACUGUGGUAGUCUUACAGACCCAGUGAAUGGAACAAUCAGUCUCACUGGCACUGCGUUCAACUCAACAGCCACUUACUCCUGCAAUGAUGGCUACAGUCUAGUGGGAGAUACCACCAUAACAUGUCUGGCUAGUGGUCUCUGGUCUGGGGAACCACCAUUAUGCUGUACAACAAACUGUAUUGAUUGUGACGUGGACGGUUGCAAAGUAUGCGGAGCAGAUUACAAGCUUGAGAAUGGAGUUUGCAAGUGCGUUGUUACUGGUUGCAGCAGUUGUGAAAGUGACUCCAGCAAAUGUGAUACAUGUGAAGAAGGGCGGAGACUGGACGACGAUAAGUCAGCCUGCUCAGAAUGCGCAGUUACUGGUUGCAACUGGACGACGAUAAGAAUCAGCCUGCUCCGAAUGCGCAGUUACUGGUGCAGUAAUGUGACAGUGAUGUCAGGAAGUGUGACACAUGUGGGGAAGAAAGGACGACUGAGCAACAGAGAAGUAAAUCAGCUGUAUCACAGCGGAAUGAUGGUGUUUUGUGCAGUGAAACUGAUGAUGAUAAUGGUCUCUCUAUUGGAGCCAUCAUUGGUAUUGUGAUUGCUUGCAUCUUUGCUGUCGUGGUUGUUAUAGCGAUUGCACUGUAUGCAGUCUACCGUAACAACAAGUAGAACAAACAAUUUUCCAUGUGUCAACAAUGUGCUCAUUGCAAAAGUAGCUUACAUUCUGUCGUCCAUUUAGCUAUAAUUAUAAUACUUUUACAAGGCGAUUUUGUGCAGUGCGUGGGGCCGGCCGGGCAGGGUUUUGGGGGGUGGGGCUGUCGAGUGCUGCAAACUAUUACAGUGCAGUGCAGUGACCGAGAAUAGAACUCUACCGACUUUUGUAGGCCGGUCUCGUAGUCAGGAUGUUCUCUGCUACCUUUCAUCAGCUACUUCUAGUGGCCGUGAUUAUGGUAGGGACAAGCAGUCAGCAGCACUACUGCUCGUAUCCUAGUAGUACCGAGCUGGAGAGUGUGAUUGCCGCCAUCAUCGCCUCAGGAGAUGCUGCAGCUAAACCCACGAUAACUCUGCUGGAUUUCAACCCCGUCUGUCGUUCAUUCACUGACCGACAAGACCUCCUACGUGGAGUGUCAGUCGUGGUGCAGUACACUUGCUCUGGUCACUCCAGCUGCCGAUCAGGAACUGCAGUGGAGCAGAUUGAGUCUGGUUGUGAAAGUGGACAGUGGAGCAUUAGAGUAGAAGGCUCUACUUCUUUCACUCGUUCAGAAUCCACUGAAGCCAGUCUUUCUACCACUGCCAGAGAAGACUGUUCAGCUUGUGCGUCUCCAGAACUAACAAACACCCUGGAUAUCACGACUGAUAGCGUAACUCACUGUGUAGCCUGUAACUCAACAUGUGAUCAAGGUCUCCUGGACCUAGUGCCAGAGUGACUGCUGCAACUUCUACAACAACUCAGUGU